GGUUCAGCGCGUACGGUUCCGCAGUGGCUGGAAUGUAGGAUGGUCUGGAAGCUUUUUCCAGAUAGACGUCCAUGCGGGGUGAUUGGGCGACUGGAAGUCUGCAUGCUAAGCCAGCCUGGCCAUGAUCAUCAACCAAUUGAUAAGAAUAAAUUAAUUAACAGCUAGCUCGCAUUCUUCUUUUAUCCCCGGCUUGUUUCCAUCCGACCCCGCCAAAAUUAGACCCCGCCACGCCCUGACUCGGUCCUUGCGUUCGUCUGAAGCUGUGUUGUCUCUCGAUGUACCAGACUAGAAACGCCUGACAAAGGCAAGUCCUUGCUCAAGGUCAUGGCCGGUGGUGACGACGCCGUGGCCCGGGCGAACCCGAACCCUUUUGCGUUGGGCGCGCUCUCCAGCAGUCUGCAGAUGAGCCACCACCAUGGCGACGACCACGACGACGCCAAGGACAAGCAUUAUUUUACAUCAACUAAGGAUCUGGACCACUCCAUCACCGCUCCCCAGUACCAUCAUCAUCAGCCUCAUCAGACAGCCGGUCUGGCCCAUGCGUACCCAUUAGGCCCAGGCCCUCAUCCAGACUCAUCACAUUUCAAUUCUGAGACUUACGGUCGCGAGGCCUUUGCCGAGCAGAGCGAUGUGGCCGGCGUCAACCGGGUGUCCGGCCACGAGUCAAAGAAGCGCAAGCGAAAUAAGCCCACGCUCAGCUGCAAGGAGUGCGUGGACAAGAAGAUCAAGUGUGAUCGAGGCCGACCACACUGCCUGUCCUGUAUCCGUCGGGGCACUGAAUGCGUAUACAAACUCAAAGCAGAAGUAGUCGAAGAAACCAACAUUCGUCAGCCCGCCACCCGCCGGAUAUACCCGCCCAAAUCCAAGGGCUCAAGCUAUCAAAGCUCCACGGACCAGGAUGGCUCUCCAGCCUCGUCUAAUGGACCGAGGCCGGCUAUUUUCAAGCACCAGGGUGGCACCGACCUACUCCUCAGUCAUGUGCCAUAUACAUUGACGCAGUCGUCGAAUAUCUUCGGGAUCGGAGCAGAAUAUCCCUGGAACAAUUACUGGACUCAGAAUGGCGGCGUGGCCGAGGUGCUCAAGGUGUUUCCCAAGAAGGAGCAAUCUGAUAUACUUGUGAAUGUUUUCUUCGAAGCUGUAGACCCCGUCUAUCCCAUAGUCCACAGAGAAAGAUUCUUCGCCGACUACAAAUUCUUUUGGGAAUUGGACGAGAAGAAGAGACUCGAAGUCGACACUGACUUCCUCGGCCUUGUCUUUAUGAUGCUCGCCAUGGGCACGCAGUUUCUCCAAGCCCCAGGCUCGCAGACAGAGCUCCAAGGGGAGGCUGAAUUUUUCUCAAGCGCUUGCCACCAAAGCCUUCGACUGUUCUCCUAUCUCAAUCGCACCUCUGUCCGAGCCAUCCAGUCUAUGGUGCUGAUGACAUACUUCCUCCUCAACUCGGGCCGAGCUUCUGACGGAUGGGCGUUCUCUGGCAGCCUGAUCCGACAAGCAUACGCCACCGGCUUGAACCGCGAACCGACGCUGAUCAGCCCGCAAUUUACCGUCUUUGAGCGCUUAGAGCGGCGGCGACUUUGGCACGGGAUUGUUUGCCAGGACAGCUUCAUGAGCAUGAGCCUCAGACUCCCACCGGCCGCCACACAUUCCGAUAUCGACUACGCUGCCCCGUUGCUAGAAAACGACGACUCAGUCUAUACCAUGGGAGGAAGCCCCGAAUCGACGGGAGACGACCCGUUCAACGGCCCGCGCGUUUCUGACCCCGGUUAUGUCCAGAGCAUGUACUCCCUCGCGCUUCUCGCUCAAGAAACAAUCUCAACACCCCGCUCCCUUUCGCUCCCUGUAGCGUCCAACCCUCGCCAACGAAAUAUGCUUCUGUCGCGAUUCCGUGCCUGCUAUCGCUCCUUCCCCGACGAUUUCCGUGCCUGGGACGACGCUUCGAUCGCAACACUAGUGCAGCAGGGAAACAAACGGCUCGUCCGGCAGAUCAUGUUCCUGUUUGGGUUGUACUGGCACUGCAUGACGUUGAUCUAUAGCGAGGCGCUAGACGAUUCCUACGCGCAAUCCGAAGGUGGUUCCAGAUCAACUGGACCAGGCAGUCUAGAUAGUUUCAUACGCGGCACCCUCGUUGCGGCGAGUGAGUCGAUGCGCGCGUUUUUCGUCAUUCAAUCGGUGCUGGGCGAGGAGGGGAGUGUGUGGUGGGCGUUUGGCCAUCGGGCGUUUUCCACCUCGAUCAUCGUGGCAAGUCUCUUGAAGAAGUACACAUCAGGGCCCACACCCGGCAGCGCUUCGGACAUAGACUGCAGAUCGGCAAGCCAAAGACGCACGCCGGGCAUGGAGCCGCUGUGGGAACGCGCUCGAUCCGACGUUCAUCACAUGCUGAAGCUUCUUCAGGUUCCGGCGAGUGUAGGUGACGAAGCGGCUCGAACGCGGAUUGAGGUGUUGAGCAAUUACCUUUGAUAUGUCCGGUCUUGGUACAGAAUUGAUGCAAUUCGGGAGGCGGCAUUUUGGGCGUUUGAUGUUUCAUCGUCCUUUAUAUGAACGUUGACGUUGACAUUGAGGUUGUCAUUGUCUGGUUG